UAUCAUCCCAACGAACAUGAGACUCUGGGUCAUCUUCAUCAUACCUCUUUGGUUUUUGCUCAACCCAAAUCCUUCAACAGUUCUCAGAAUCACUCGGAAGAAAUCCUUUCAGAGUCUCAUAAACGAUCUCCUAGCGUCUUGUUACAUGAACCAUUGACUAACUCGGUGACGUUGUACAACUUCGAAAGUAAGAAGAAGUUGUUGGAUUCGGUCGCUGGUGGGGUUAGCUCGAGCAUGUCCAAAACCUCAACCUCGCUCGGUGGAACGUCUUCCUCAGAAAAUCAAACCAUCCCGAGUGCUGAAGUCAAGAACAAACAAGGCUUGGUUACUACCCCAUCUGGACUCUCUCAACUCAUGAUGCAGCAAACUAAGCAAAUGGAGCCCAAGCUUAAUGGACAUGAACUCACCAGUCCUCCGGGAAACCUCGUUGUCAGCAGUUUUGCCCCAGCGGUAUGGCAUCUGAGCGCGAUGGAGGAUCCCCGAAUGAACACCGUCAACCGUCUCUAUCAGCCUCUGCUCGGUUCCACUAGUUCCUCACAGCCAUCCAAGCUACCCUCCCCCGACUCCAAGUUGGGCUACAUGGUUCAUCGAACUAAUCACAGUGGUCAGAACUGGACCUCGUUCGCCGAGCUUGAUACGUUCAGUCACUCGCUUCGGAUCCUACCUCGGUCGAUUUACAUCUGCCAUCAGUUUGAUUUCUACCAUUUUGCACCACUUUCUCAAUUAUCGUCGUCGACCUCCCAUCAUCAUCAUCAUCAUGCUUAUCAUCCAUCCUCACACGAGCAUAGCUUUAUUGAACAAUUAUCUAAGGCCAAUUUCGAUCACAUCAAGAAGAAUAAGCUGGUCGUUAAACAAGAGGUACAGAUCCAACCAGGUGAUCUUAGCACUCACCAAGAAUCAGUGGAUCUCUUUGGAUUAAGGGCGGUUGAAAUCGAUGAUCAUUUCGUCAAUCAUCAUUCUACCACUGGUCCACCCGGAAGCAAUGGGUCUUCGGAUAGUAAUAAUCAGCACCAUCAGAUCUAUGCUGAACCGUUACGGUCUGCCGUCGAGACUGUCUUGGAUUCAACGAUCACCUCUCCAAGAAGGAGUUCGCAAAACUUCCCUGAAUUCCCUAAUGGACAUCCGGGAAGACGGUCAGGGCCUAGUGGAGGCAGUCAACAUAAUCCAUUGGCCAGUUUGAAGAAAUCGGUCGCUGAGAAUGUGGUACCGGUCGUUGGAGUAGUCAAUGAAAGGUUUCGAAAGGAGAUCGAGAAGAUCACCACCUCCGGGAGGGGCGUGAUUGGCUCCGCCAAUCGUCGUCGGAUCUCGGUUGGAAUGAAUUAUUGUAAUGGGAUGAUGAGUCAUACUCGACGGGCAGGAGGAGGAGGAGGAGGAGGUAGUGAAAGUUUUGAGGGCUCGUCGGGAGGCGAGGUGGUAGCCUAUGGGAGUGAAGAAACGACUUCGGUUUCGUUUGAGGAGGACGAAGCGAUCCGGAUCGAUCGGGAGAGCUUCUUCGACGACCAACGUCCCUCCUCCUCCUCGAUGAGCUCCUUCGAUACCUCUAUGGACCGUCUCCCCGGCCUCUCCGACGAGACCCAGCCGGCGCCCUCCGACGAGCUCGAGCCGUCUCCGCCGGCGGCCCUGGGCGAGAAUUGGGACGGCUGGACGUUCGAGGACGAUGCUGAGUUGAUCGGCGCUUUGCCCCCCGCUCAGAGGCUUCCCGAUAAACUCCCCGACCCUUUCCUCUUCAAUCCUCCCCCUCAUCAUCGUCAUCUAACUCUUCCUCCUGUCAUCCUUCCUUCCUCUACUACUACUACUACUACCGCCAUUCUCCCUCCUCCUCUCACUCCUUCUUCUAAACCGUCCUCAAAUCUUUCACUAGUAGAAGCUCAUUCUCUGGUCAACCCUCAACCUCAGCCUGUCGAGCCUUCGACUUCUACUUCCUCUAAAGCCGAUCAAGAUACUGUUCUCCCUGCUUCUGAGACUCUUAUCCAUCCGGAGCCUCAGUCGCAAUCUAAGCUUGGUGGUGAUACGAAGGAGGAUCGAGCUUGUGCGCUCAAGACUUCUUCGGCUUCUGCUUCUUCUGCCACUCUUCUUCCGGAUCCGAUCCAUCCCACAAGCGUCAAAUCUGCGGCUAAAUCUGAUCCUAAAUCUGCUGCUUCUGGAUCUUCGGCUGCUGGAUCCUCGGCUUCUGGAUCUUCGGCUUCUGGAGCUCGCUCUCGGUCUAGAAAUUCUCAUAAAAUUAAGAACCAUAAUAAGUCUUAAUUUAUCAUCAUCAUCUUUUUUUUUAAAAAAACUAAACUGUACAAUUUACAAUUACUCUUUAUUAUUACUCAAGUACUACUACUACUACCUGUUUUUUUUUCUCGUUCCUUUCUCUUGUCCUCUCUUCUUUUUUGUGUACUCAGUUAGUGGUCAGUUAGGGAGUCUUUUAACUUAUUCUUUCCUUCCUUCUGUUUGUUUGAUUAUGCAUAAUCAUUUUUUGUUUGAUUGUUUGUUUAUCUUGUCACAAAGAACGUUCUCAUUCAUUCCUUCAUCCAUUCAACUUUUGUUGUUGUUGUUGUUGUUCUUCUUCUUUUUUUUAUAUAGCAAACAAA